AUGGCCAAGGGUUACGAGGUGUCGUUUGAUCUAAGAGGAUUCCAAAUUAAAACCACAGUAACAUAUGAUUGCAAUGAGAUUGAGAAACAUCUAUCUUCUUUCUUCCUCCCUUCUAUUAACCAUCAAACCAAAGUAAUCGGGUUUGACGUUGAGUGGUGUAUGGAAUAUUGUAAAGAACCAAGGAUUAUCGCAAAGUCCAAUUGCGCAACCCUGGAGCUUUAUGAUGGACAUUCGUGUCUUAUUAUUCAGCUAAAUCGUUUACCCAAGUUUUAUGGUUCGACUCCAUUGACUGACUCUGUUUACAGACGUCUGCUUAAAUUUCUUCGUCAACCAAAUGUUACCUUUGUGGGAGUUGGUAUAAAAAACAAUUUGGCUAAGUUAGAGAAGCACUAUGGGUUAGGAAUCCGUAAUGCAGUCGAACUUGGACCGUUAGCUGCUGCUGCCAUGAGGAUGCCACGAUUGAGUUAUUGCGGAGUCGACGAGUUAGCUUUUGUUCUUCAUGGAUUUCAUCUCGGAGAGCAUAGACCUUCAACAGAGGACUGUGACUGGGCUAGUAGUCCCCUCAGCAAAGAGCUUGCUCAAGUUGCUACUGUUAAUGUUUACUCUUAUUACAAAAUAGGUAGCACAUUGCUUCAAUCUAAUGAUGUAGGCAGUGAUGAUACAGUCCUUGUUCGUGUUUGGUAG